AUGGGUUUCUCGUUUUUUUUGCGAUUUUUGAACGAUAAAUUGCGAUUUUGUGCGAUUUAUACCAAAGUCAGAGAUUCAACUGUAUUUGUGGCUGUAUUGUAUGAUGGUGUUUGGGUUAUCGAGGGUUUCAACUGGGUAUUCAAUUCCCCAACAAGUAAGACGUUGAUGUUUGACAUUGACACUACUCUGGAAAAGUUGCGUGAAGUUUUGUAUGAAGAGUUGGAUGUGGAUCCUUUGGUGUAUGAACUGAAAUUAGAAGUCUGUUACAUGUACAUGAAAGGCACCAAGUUUCCGCCGGAGGUUUUAGUGAAAGAUAGUCAACUACGAGUGUUUUUUAGCAUGAAGGCAAAGAUGAGUGUGGACAACUUGCUGCCACUAUUUGUGACUAAGGUGAAGAAGAAUGUGAAUUUGGAGCCUACUCCCCCAUCUGUAACCCCUCGAAGUGUGGUAGGGACCUUUGUCCUAGAAACUGAUCAGGGGGUUGGUUUGAAUGAGCAACUACCUAAUAAUAUAGAUGACCACAGAGCCGAUAUCGCAUUUGAUCAUUUAGAUGAGUUCGAUGGCCCCUAUUACAACGAUGAUCCUGUGGUAGAUUUGGAUGAGGAUGAUGAUGUGGAGCUGGAAGUUGAUGGAGCUGUACAGGUACCUCCCUUGAGGUUGGAACUAACUCCAAGCAACCAAGCAGAGCAACAAAGAAGACCCCCCCGUAGUGAGAAUCACCAAACACCAGGAACUAGUAGCAGUCGGCCAGGUCCUUCCAUUAGUACUCCUGCUUCUGAAUUUGAAGUUUGUACCAAAUUCAAACCUCUUAUGUGGACUAGGGAAGACAUAGAGGAAAAUCAUGUCUAUACGACAUCUCUUAGUGGUACGCCUUCAGGGGAGAUACAUCUUGGCAAGUUGUACACAAACAAGGAAGAGUUUAAGAAUGUAGUGGGAAGGUAUGCACUGAAAAAGAAUUUUGAGUGGAUGGUGAGGAAGUCUGGCACUGAUGUGUUGUACGUUACUUGCAAGGAUCAAAAUUGUAAAUGGAGAUUAAGGGGGAGGAAGAAGGCACGUUGUGACAUGUUCGAGGUUACUGUGUUCCACAACGAACACACAUGUAACUUGGAAUCUAGAAAUUCUGAUCACCGUCAAGUAGCACCGUGGGUUAUUGGCCACAUUAUUAAGGAAAAGUACACAUCAGAUGGAACUAAGUACAUGGCAAAAGACAUACAGAGGGAUAUGUUUAAGGAUUAUGGCAUCAAGAUUAGUUAUGAGAAGGCUUGGAGGUGCAGAGAGAAGGCACUUACGUAUGUGAGGGGUACGCCAGCAGAAUCUUAUACAAAGUUAUAUGGUUACUUGUACAUGCUGGAACAGAAGAAUCCAGGUACUAUUACUGACAUUGUGAGAGAGGACGACCGAUUCAAGUACUGUUUUUGGUCACUGGAUGCUUGUAGGAGGGGAUUUAAGUUUUGUCGUCCUGUGAUUAGUAUUGACGGAACAUUCUUGAAGACAAAGUAUGGGGGCACAAUGUUACUUGCUGUUGCGUACGAUGCAAACAACCAAUUGUUUCCGAUGGCCUUUGCAAUUGUCGACAGCGAGAACCACGACUCUUGGAAGUAUUUCUUGCAGAAGUUAAGGGAAGCCAUUGGGGAGGUUGAAAACCUUGUGUUCGUAUUGGAUAGGCAUCAGAGCAUUGAACAUGCUGUCGAGGUCGUUUUCCCCGAAGCAUGCCAUUGUUAUUGCUUUAAACAUAUUACUAUGAAUGUCACGUUCAAGUUCAAGACUGAUGUAUGUAACACGCAAAUAUGGCUGGCAGCCUACGCAUGGUCGAAGACUGAAUGUGAUAGACAUUUUGAGGUGCUCAAACGGAUGGAUCCUCCCAUUGCUACAUACGUCGAGCAAAUAGGGCUUGAAAAGUGGGCUCGUCCUUAUUGUCCAAGCGAUCGGUACAACAUAAUGACAAGCAACGCCGCUGAAAGCUUCAACAACGUGACAGAAGAAUUAAGGAAAUAUCCAAUAACUACUUUGGUUGAAUUCACUAGGUUCACACUGCAAAAUUGGUUUGCUGAUCGUCUCGAAAAUGCAAGUAAGUGCACUACCCCUUUGGCAACUACUUUUGAGAAGGAUUUAAAUGCACAACAUGAAGAUGGUAGGUUCAGGACUGUCUAUCAUAAUGGUGCACAAUUAUUUAACGUUGGUACGGGUCCUGAAGGUCAGAGAGGUGGUGAUGUGGACUUAGUCGAAAGAACAUGCACAUGCGGAAUGUUCCAAUUGCUAAAAAUCCCUUGUCCUCAUGCAUGUGCCGCAGCAAUUAGUCAGAAUGCUAGCCUGUACGCACUUAGCUCCCCGUACUACACAAAAGACACGUGGAAGAAGACCUACGAUGCAACAAUUAAUGUUGUCGGCGAGGAGGAUGAUUGGGCACUACCGGAACACAUCAAGAACAUGAGAGUCUGGGUACCAGUGGAUAAAAAACCGGUGGGUCGGCCUAGGAAGAGCAGUGUGGGUAGAAGACCGACGAAGCGUCGCCCGUCUAAUGGUCAAGUGGUUGUGGUACCUCGCCAUUGUACUAACUGUGGUGGUUCGAGGCACAACAGAGCUACAUGCAAAGCUCGAGUUUGA